GCGAGUCUCAGAUGAUCGAAAACCCAGAGACCGUGCGGCAAAAUACUAGCAAGGAGAGUUGAGGAUUUAAUUGAUUAUCAAUUGCGUAUCUAUCUGUCAGGUGCAGAUCCUCACUUUAUUCAAUUGGAACAGUAUGUUGUAACCAAAAAGGCACUGAAAUAUUGGGUACAAGAGAAAACGAAAUCUGUUACAUUUGGGUAAGCUAACAGAAAGCACAGAUUUACAAUGAAGAAUACUUUUCUUUUUUCUAUACUGAUUGCAUUUAUGCUUUCGGGAGAAAGUGUAAAAAGGACAUCAAUUGCAAAUACGUCUGUCUCUAAACAUCUGAAAUCGAUUUUAAAUCCACAAAUUUCAUCCAUUUAUGCAAAAGCAAAAAACGUAAAAGAGAGAACAAUCAGAGAAUUAGUGCGACCUGUUGCAUCGAACAGACAACCAGUUAGGGAAUAUGUUUUGCCUGCUCCUGAUCAACGUCCUCAAAUAAGGCCAAGAAAUUUACAGCAUCAAGGUUUCCAAUCAGUUGCUGUAUCAAAUAUAUUUCAGCCUCGUUCGCAGAAAUAUCAUCAAGCAUUUGCUCUACCACAAGGUCCUGUACUUCCACAUGUACCAAGUGAUCCAAGAGGUUUCAGAAAUAUUAAUAAUAGGCCGCAAGAUGUUAUACGUUCACAAUUUGUAAUACAAAGGAAUCCCCACUUACCAAGAACGGAUAGGAUUAUAGAACGACCGCCUCAUGAAAUAAAUAUGGGAAGAGAGCGUCCAGUUAUACCUAAUCAUAUGAUUCCUGCCAUUUCUGCUCCGAGGCCGUACCCUGGCUCGCCUGAUAUUUUACCUUCCUCAGACACAAGUCAUAUUCUUCGUAUUCCUGAAAGGAAAACUCGUCCACCAAAAAAUCGUGUGAUUGAGGUAUAUCAUCAUAUACCAGUUCCUGGUUUGAAUACAAGAGUUCAACCAAAGAUUCCUGCUGUAGUGUACCUAUCGCAGAAUCCUAUUCAUAGUUUGAAGAGUGCAGAACAUUCUCAUGAAGCAUUGAAACAAACAACUAUUCCUCAGUAUAUGGUUUCAGAUCAAAGAAUAAUUCCUCAAAGAUUUUCUAGCAAACCAUCUAAAAAUCCAAUGAUGAUUGAAUAUUCUGGUAAUGAUCAUUUCCACCCUGAAUUAACGCACGAAACUGUAAAAAGUGUGCAUUUGAGCCACAGACAUCCAAUUAGCCUACACUCAGCCUCAGUUUCAGAAGUAGAUUCCCCUUUUGAAACAGAAUUUGUGGAAAACAUUGCUGUACAUGGAGACAGAAAAUUUCCUGAGAACGUUAAGAAAAUUCAGCAUAAAAAACAGAUAAAUUUGUUUACGCGUAAACCUGAUAUCAGCAGCGAACAAAACUCACCUAAAAAUAAAAAUUCUAAUCCCCUUGAAUCAAAAAAAUCAGAGAGCGUUCUUCCUAAAGAUUUAAUAAUUUCAGGAAAAUUAAGAAUCGUCCCUACUGUUGUAGGUCAUAAUUUAAAUAGAUCUGUAAAUAUAAAAAAAUACUGGGAUUUCCGUGAAAUGAACGCACAUGAAAUUCCUCACCCGCAAGUCAUGGCUUCGUCUUCACCAAAAUCAGUCAGCACUGAUCAACGACCUGUCUUUAGUUAUAGCAGUAAUAAUUAUCAAGGGCAAGAAUCGAUAGCAUCGUUGUCUGUUAAAGAUCAUUCUAAGGAUAACAGUAAAGCACAUAAUUCUAUUAAUGAAGAUCAACCUGAUACCAAAUUUGAUAAUUUAGAUAGUAUUGAUGGUUCUUCUAAUUUGAUGUUGCAGCCCUUUUCUUCUAAGCCUCACGACCACCAGACUAGCGUGCAAAAUUUAACUAAUCUUCCAGCUUAUUCAGUAUCUGAAGAUGCAAAAGCAACCACGAGAAAUCCAAUGGAAAUCAAAAAACAUAAUUCUCGAGCCAAAAUUCAAGUAUCUAAAUCUGAGCAGGCUACGGAUUCUCAUAGACCUACUACAGCUACGAUUAGAAAUUUAAACCCUAUUAGAAAAAGUACUCAAGCCCCUAAAUACAUUAUUACGAAUAUUCCCAAAUGGAAUUCGGAUGAAAUGAGAAUUCCUGUAAUAGAGCAUAAGGGAAAAUACGGCCAAAAGCGCACGACUACGGAAAGACCAAGUAAUAAUCAGUAUAUACUACAAGCCAAUCCACAGUCAAAAUGGGCUCAAAAUUUAAAAUAUGCUGCCGUUGAAGCAUUCAGAAGUAAUAUUCAGUCUACGCCGAGUACUACUAUUUCCACUUCUUAUAGUCCAAAUAGUUACAAAAAUAAAAGUCUGUCGUCUCUUUAUUUAAAACCCAAGGUAAUCGUCACACAAAUCCCAGAUAGCAGCUUGGUAUCCCAGAGUAACUUUGAUCAUAAAAAUCAACAAAUGAACAGUUUCGAAAUCACAGAACAAAAACUGCAAGCAAGCGUUAUUCAGUCACAUGAUAGAAUUGAAUCUAACACUGAAGUACCAAAACAAUAUUUCAGAGGCCCACAGCACAUCAUAACCCCUGAAGAAAUUAGCACGACUAUUUCAAACAGAUUUGAGAACCAAUUCACAUCAGAAAGAUCAUUCUAUAUUCCUACAACAAAACCUUCUCAAAGGAAAAUCACUCCCACAGUCGUCCCUGCUAGAUCGGUGACACAUAGAACUCAACAAAGUAUGAAACAAAAUCCUGUAAGUUCUUCGACUAAGGUUAAUACUUUGCAUUUGUCAAACAGAGUUUUUGGCAGGAGAAAUUUUACAAUGAGACAGCAUACGACACCUUCGACUUCUGAAAAGCCUACAUUUACUAGUCAUAAGUUUCUUUUUCAGCCAGUAACAAAAAGCACGCCAAAAGAUGAAGGAACCAGUACUACUGAAAGUGAUAACAGAAAGUUAGUUUUCAACUUUAGAACUGGAGCUAUGGAUAGUGUACCACAACCUGCUAGUUCAGCUGUGCCAAAAGUAACAUAUUAUCUGACAGAAAAUUAUGGAUUUAAAGCUCGACCUACAACUGAAAAUGUGAAAACAGAUUUCAGCUCUAGCUUACAGCCUACGAAAAGUGGUAUAGGUAGUUUCCAACUGUAUGAAAGUUUACCAAAUGCUACCAGCAAAGGUUUAUACAUGAAUCUUAAGCCAGUCACUAAACCAUACAAAUCGUACAGUACACCUAGUACAUCUACACUUUCAAGCAAAGUAACUGAAAUUAUAAAAGCGCCUACUAUCAGAAUUAGAUCAACUACACCCAAAAGUAUAAGUAAAAAUCUUCAAGAUGAUCAAAAACUGUCUGUUGCUACAAAAGCUGAGCCUAGAAGCACCACCAGCGUACCAAAAAGUACAAAAUUACUUUCUCAUUACAGUAAGCCUACAACAAUUAUUACAACAAGUUUCCAAUAUGAUAGUAAUAAGCCUACAACAACAACAAUGCAGCAUUCUGCAACAACAAUAAAAUCAGUUAAAGAACUUACUGAAAAUGUCACAUCUUAUGCUGAUCAAGAACCUCAGACCAGCCUUACUUUGGAUAUUUAUACCAACCAAACGGAACUUAGUGACACUGAAGUUACUACAGAAAUGGAUAAAUACGCAACAACGAUUUCAAUUUUACCCACGCCGUCCAACAUCAGCAGCGAAGUUACCACAGAAGCCAUCAGUCAGGAGCAAAUGAUUGUUGAUUCGUUGAGGUCAAUGAAAUUAAAGAUGCAAGAGAUGAUGUCCAAAGGAUUACGUCAUUUGAUGCCUUUGGUUAUGGGGUUGAGUUCAGAUGUUAACAUUUCUAGCGACUGUACUUUCUCCCUGUUAAGGUGGCUACGAGGAGUAAGGGCACUAGAACCAUGGGCUAUAAGAAUGAUGGAUGCAUCAAGUAAAGUUCCAGAGGGAAUUUUAUUUGGCACUUUUUCUACAUUUGGAUCCUAUGAUGAAUGCAUCGCAAUUAAAACUCCAAAGACCAAUUUACAAAUGCCCUUUACUGGUCAGUAUUGCUCAAUCAAUAUUCAACCAAACUUGCCUCAGAAUGAAAGACAUUUUACCAUUCAUAAUGCAUUCAGAAAGUAUCCAAAACUCAAACAAGUUUUUCAGGAAAUGAAUAUUGAAGAAGAUACAAUGGCUUAUUAUUACAUAUUAAAACACAGAAUUGGCAUAUGCAUGCCAUCAACAUGCAGUAUGUCAGAUCUUAAUAAUGUUACUGAAACAUUGGCUGAUCAUCUCAAGAUGAAAAUAUCUGUUGGACAUUGUGAAACAUCCGAAAAACCCAGUCUCACAAAAGGACAAAUAAUCAGCAUGUGUGGAGUGUUUAUCACAUUUGGUAUAGUUAUUUUGGCAACAAUCACUGACAUUCUUAUCCGCCUUAAAGCAGAACAUGAAAUGGAUUUCGAGGAUAUAGUUAGAAGGAAAAGUGCAUUAAGACAUUUCAGUUAUCUGUUCUCUGCUUAUGGAAAUGCAUGUAAAAUACUGGACACUUCAAUACCAGUAAAUCACAUUUCGUCUAUACAUGGAAUAAAAUUUUUAAGCAUAACUUGGAUAAUGUUAGGCCAUGUCUACUACUGUAAAGAUUACUUGACUUUGGCUGGUUUGAACAAAGUUCGUGAUUUGGGUGCAAAUUUAGCUUUCCAAGUUGUGCUGAAUUCUGGUUUUGCUGCUGAUACAUUCUUCUUUCUAAGUGGCCUUCUUGUUGUAUAUUCAACAUUUCACUAUCUGGAAAGCAAUGAUGGAAGUUUUACUAUUGUUGGUUUCUAUAUCCGAAGAUAUUGCAGAUUGACUCCAGCUUUUCUGAUGAUUUCUGGUGUAAUCUUGCUAGGGCCAUUAGCUGGUAGUGGACCUAUUUGGAAUGAGACUUUAGAACCUUUUGUUUCGGGUUGUCAGAAUUACUGGUGGACAAAUUUGUUCUAUUUUUCAAAUUUUAUGCCAACUUCCAUUACAUGUGUUCCACAUGGCUGGUUUUUAUCCUGUGAUAUGCAAUUUUAUGUAAUAUCUCCAGUUAUCAUUUUAGCUUUAUACAGACAUCCUAAGAUGGGAUUACUGUUUAUUGCUCUUGGAAUUUUUAGUUCUAUGGCUACAACAGGAUUUCUGACAUUUAUCUAUAACUUACCACCAGUUUCACUUUUCUCUCUUCCUGAUCCAAAAGAUAUUAAUGAAUAUUUGGAUACUGUGGGAUAUAAGCCUUAUGCACAUUAUGCAUCGUAUUGUAUUGGAAUGGCUACUGGCUUUCUUUUAGCAGCAAAACAAAAAAUAUCUAUUUCAAAAUGUGUUCAAGUAUGUGGCUGGACAGCUUCUACUAUUUGCUGCAUACUUGUUGUAUAUGGAACGUGGAACUGGAACAGUGGUGAUUUACCAGACUGGGAAGUGUCUGUUGCAUAUGCAACUACAAGUAGAACUGUUUGGGCUCUAGGAAUAGCAUGGCUAACUAUUAUUUGUUAUUCUGGAAGAGGAGGUAUCGUAAAUGAUAUUCUCUCAUGGCACGGCUUCAUACCUCUGAGUCGGCUUUCAUACCUCGCUUAUUUAAUACAUCCGUUACUGAUGUAUCUUUAUGCUAGUUAUGUGAGAGCCCCAUUCUAUUUUAGUCAAUAUGUUCUGGUUUAUCUAUACUUAGGGCAUUUGUGUGUAACAUUUGGACUAGCAUUUCUCUUCUCCCUAGCCUUUGAAGUCCCGUUUUUAAAUCUGGAAAAAGUUGUUUCAAAAUGCUUAGAUCAAAAUAAAAGAAAAAGAAGAGCAUCUUUUUCAAAUCAUCACAAUAACUGGCAACAUCCUGAACACCCUGAAUUAAAAGAUUCUGUUGUUUUGAUGCGAAGGAGGUCAGAUAAAUUCACAUCCUAGGCAUAUAAUAAAUUAAAUAGGACAUUAUAUUCAAUACCACUUUUUUUGGGAUUAACAGUUACAUUUUCUAGAAGUCACAGUUUUUGUACAGAUUUUUCUAUAGUUUACUAAUGUGAUUUCCCAAAUGAAUUUAAUUCACAAUUUUAUUCCCAAAAUAUGUUAUGCUGAAUAUUUUAAAUGAUAUAUUUCUAAACAGGUGGUAAUUUUUUUUUUACAUAUUUUAGUGCAAUUCUGUUUCUAAAGAAUUUAUUUAAAAUGCUGUGUUAUUUUUCUCAUUUAUGACAUAUAUAUAAUUUUAUUUUAGGGCUGUAUCAUUAGAGUUUUCUAAAAUGCUAAUGAAGCGACUGUCCAGAUUAAAUUUACAAAAGCAGAAGAAAGCAUUCAAUAAAAAUGUAGUUAAUAAUUCAAUCUUUAUUCAAGAAACAAUUUUAAGAUUAAAUUCAAAGACUAAUCAAGGAUUUUAGAAAAUAAGUUUAAGCAUUACUUUGUUGUGCAUUUUAUUAAAAAUGCUUGAAAUGUAAAUAACUUUCAGAUGAAACAAAAGAAACUUGAAAAUUAAUUGUGUCAUUUUAAUUAGCUGAGAAUAAAAAUUUUAAUAGAAAUAUUAAUUCAAAUUUUAGCAAUUAAUGGUGAGUAUCCAUGGUGUAAUUUUUAUCAGGGAAGCUUUCACAGAACUUCUACUUAAGGUAUAGAGCUGUGGUGUACUGUCUCAAAGCAUCUCACAACCAGUGGCAUAGCUAGGGUAUGGCAAGGAAGGACAUCUGUCCCUGGGCACAGCAUCCAGUGGGCAUCAAGUUGAUGUUACAAAAUUUUAGAAUAAAAUGUUUUCCAUUCUUGGCAUGCAGAAAGGGGCACCAAAUCUUCAGUUGUCCAUGGGUGCUGAAAACCCCAGCUAUGGCUCUGUUCACAACAUAACAAGUUCAUAAUUAUGAGAAAUAAUUUAAUGUGAUAUUGCUAUCAUAUUAUUUUGUGACCAAAUGAACAUAUCAUUUUCACUUAAGAAAAAUGUGAUGUUCUAUCUUGUAUGUUAUUUCAGUUGAAUAUAUUCAAGAAUGUAAAGGAUUAUUACCUACUUAAUCUGAAAACAUAUGGUACUAAUGCUUUCCAUUCAACUUUUUGAAAUGUUAAAUUUAUAUUCUUUUGUUUAUACAUAUUCAUUUAAAUUCAUAAAUUCAUCUCAGAUAUUUUUAUGAAAGGAACAUUUUCAUUGAUGACAUCUCAUCAUUCAUUUUCGUUUUCAUGAUCUACAUGUAUUACUUACUUUUGAUAUGUUAUUUUUUCCAUAAAUCACCACUUAGUAUAUAUGGAAUAUUUUUAUUAUUACUCUAAAUAAUGAAACAUUAUGUAAAUUUAUUACAUAAAUGAAAAUAUUGUUAUGGAAUAUUUUAAUUGUUUUCUAUCAUGUACCAUAACAGUUAUCAAAUGUUUUAAAAGUGUCUCAGAAUAAAGAAAUGUUGUUAUAUUGUAUUAUAGUUGCACUUUUAUCAAAUAUUUUAAGACAAUAUAUAUUAUUAUAAUUGAUAGUGACAAUAAAAUAUUUCAAGACAAUGUCUCACAAAAUAAACAAAUAAUAAAUAAUAAUUUAUCUGAAGAUUUUUUAAGUAUUCUCAAAAUUUUGCCCUUCCGCAAGGCAUUCAGAAAGCAAGCUUCCAUAUGUUUUAAAGUGCAUUGAUCCUUGCAGUGAUUGUUUUCAUAUCACUAAUUAAUUUCUUUGUGGAUUUUGUAUGCAUGGGCUCUGAUUGAUGAAGUAAUAACAAUGAAGAGCUUCAAGAAAAUGGGGAUAUCUAAUGUUCAUGAUGGUCCUACGUGUUGGAACACUGGUUAUGAUGGUGUCGACUUGCAAACUGUACCAGAUGACAUAGAUAGCAGUUCCAGCAGCAAUAACCAAAUCCUUUCAGAUUUCAUUUUUCCCAUAAUUUUCCCCUC